AUGCUAACUGUCCAUCCACCCACACAGGCCUUCCGCGUGCAAAUGAAUUUCUCGCCCAACCCCUACAGUCCCCGCGUAACAGUCUCGCCGCCUCGAAGACUGCAAUCACAGUGCGUGCUUGUGGCCGACGGUCCUGAGAGCGAGGCGACGAUCAUACGACUGGAGGGCCGCAAGGAGAUUGGACGAGCCAUGGCGCUGGGUGCGGCCAGUGUGGGACAGGAUGGGAAGCAGAGGAGGCCUCGGGGUGGACGACGGAGGGGGAAGGAGGAUGCUGGUAUGGCGGUUGGGGAGAUGGAGGUGUCGUUGGGGGAGGAGCUUGCUGAGGGAUUUGAGCCUGGUUGGGUGAGGGAGGGAAUGGAGGAAGAUGGAGAGGUGAGUGGCGGAGGUAGGAAGGGCGGCGGAGCGGGGCAGACGGGACGGCGAGCAGAGCAUGAGGCAGAGCAGGGGGCAGAGCAAGGGGUAGAGGAAGAGGAAGAGGAAGAGGAAGUGGUGUUCAAAGGUUGUGGCAGUAUGGCCUUGGUCGCUUGGCAAACAUGA